AAAAGCUCUUCCCACCCCGGCGCCCCCGGCUUCCUUCCUCCAUCCACCUCAGGGCCCUUCCCGCAAAAAACCCAAAAGGGCUGGAAAAUCCUUCUCCAUGAGAUUCCCUCUCCAUAAAAUUCCCUCUCCGUGAAAUUCCCUCUUCUCCCUGCGGCUGGAAUUUAAACCGGGAGCAGGGAAUUGUCCCUUCCCGCAGCCCGGGUUGGGAUCCAGGGAUUUUAACGCUGCUGCUGCCAGAACCAUCCCGGCCCUGCUGCUCCAGCCGGGAAUUCUGCCGGGAGCGCCGCUUUCCCCUCGGGAAUUCUGCCGCUUUUCCUGCAGGGAUCGCCCGGGGAAGCCGCGCUCGCUCCUGGGGACGAUCCCGAAUCCCGGAUCUGGGGGACAGGAGCCGCUCCCAGGGUGCUUUUGGGAUCUGGAGCCCCCUCCCAAGCCUGGAUUUGGGAUUUGGAGCACGUGGAGGUUUUUUCCUAAAUCCAGGAAUUCCCGGCCGGGAGCCCUGAAAGGGUUAAGGCGGCGGCGCCGGGCGGAAAUUGGCCAAGUUCAAAUUCCCCGCACGAAUUCCAGCCGGGAAUGCGCCGCGAGAGCCGGCGGCAUGGCCCGGACCUGCCGCGACUCCCCCUUCUAUUACUACGGCAUCAAAUUCGCGCUCUCCGCCUACGCCACGCUCUUCUCGGGAACGCCUCCGCUGGGGCGCAGGUGCUGGGGCUGCUGCUCCUGGCCGUCGGGAUCUACGCCGAGGCCGAGCGGCAGCGGCACCGCACCCUGGAGGGGAUUUUCCUGGCGCCCGCCGUGCUGCUGCUCCUGCUGGGAAUCACCGUGUUCCUCGUCUCCUUCCUGGGAAUGCUCGGGAGCCUCCGCGACAACCGCACGCUGCUCCGCACGUUCUUCUGGGUGCUGCUGCUGAUCUUCCUGACGGAGCUGCUGCUGAUCCUCAUGGAGAUCAUCUUCGAGAACAAGAUGAACGAGGUUUUCCACUCCAACAUCCAGGAGGGAAUCCGGCACUACUACGAUGACCUGGACUUCAAAAACAUCCUGGAUUUUGUGCAGGAAAAGUUUUCCUGCUGCGGAGGGGACGAAUUCCGGGAUUGGGAAGUGAACCGGUACCACUGGUGCAACGGCAGCGGGGCCCUGGCCUGCGGCGUUCCGCAUUCCUGCUGCGUCCGCGGGGUUCCCGGAGGAGUGGUGAACACCCUGUGCGGGUACCGCGCCCUGGACAAGGAGCGCCUGGAGCUGCUGGGCACCAUCCACGUCCGGGGCUGUAUCCAUGCCGUGGGGCUCUGGCUCAAGGACAACUUCCAGGCCACCCUGGCCAUCGUCUGCUCCCUGCUGCUGCCGCAGGUGCUGGGCCUGGCCAUGGCCUGGCUCCACUGGCAGCAGCUCAACGAGAUCCAUUCCCGCCUGGAUUCCGUGGAUUUCCGGCGCCUGGAAGCGCGGGAUCUCAGCUUCGCCUCCCUGGAUCUCCGCGGCGCCGGCUGGUGCUGGUGCCUGCCCAGGGAGGGCGGAUACGUCCCGGUGAAUCCCGGGAAUGCCGAGGAGGAGGAGGAGGAGGAAGGAGGCGCCUGCCACAGCCAAGUCUCCCCCCGAGCAGCGGGACCAUGCUGGAGGAUGAGGACGGGAUGAGCGAGCGCGGCCUCGGCGGCUCCCGCAGGAGAUUCGAGGAUGAGGAAGAUUUCCACUCCAUCUACAUCGGGGUGCCGGUGCCGCGCGGGUUCCGCAGGAAGCGGCGCCGCCGGAGGUCUCCGGGCUCCAGCCGGGAGCGGAGCGAGAGC